ACUGUCUGGAUGACGUGGCACGUUGACCGUGUAUAUGUGUCAGUUUAUGGGGUUGGUGAGUCAGCGGGAGAACCAGUAAGCACCACUUGGUUGGUCCUCCAAUGGCUUCUCAGAACACGUGUCCGUAUGCAGAUCAUCGGAAACAGACACGAGCAAACAGAUUUCUGAAACUACAAUCAAAAUCUCUGUCACGAUCAUGGGUGAUCUGAAAGAGGACCUCACACGACGCGUUUUGACCGCUAAACCCCACCAUUGAUUAAAAUAUCAGAACCAUGGUUAACAAUUGAGUGGUCGGUAUGAACACCCCCUCUGUAUAUAUCACCGAAAAGCCUUACCCUGGUUCUGAAUCAUCAUUCAUCGAUCGACAACAGAAAAAGCUUAUCACAAGAACACUGUAAAAAGGAUGGGGCUUUCACAUUUCCCGACAGCGUCGGAGGGCGUUCUGCCGCUUCUAGUGAUGAACACGGUUGUUUCAGUGUCUCUUCUGAAGAACAUGGUGAGAUCUGUUCUCCACGUGUCGGAAUCUGAGAACGAGGACUCGAGGGAAAUGGAGGAGGACCCAGAUGAGGACUCGGCGAGGAGGAGGAGAAUCUUGACAACCCAGUUCAAGUCUCUGUUCGAGAACAGGGGAGACGAAAGAGGCGAGUGUAGCAGUAGCAGGAGAGAUCACGGCAUCAAUGGCGGAACCAGAGAAGAAGACAGAGGAGCAGCGGAGUGUUGUGUCUGUCUUUGUGGGUUCGAGGAGGAGGAAGAAGUCAGUGAAUUGGUUGCUUGCAAGCACUUCUUCCACAGAGCUUGUCUGGACAAGUGGUUUGGCAGCAAACAUGCCACGUGUCCUCUCUGCAGAUCCAUUCCCUAGUAUCUGUUCAUGCUUUCACGUGUUUUUUUCCUUACUUUUUUUUUUCGGAAAGAAAGGAAGACCAGAGAUGUUGUCUUGUACUUACUGGGCGUGAGUUUAUACAUAUUUCGCUUCGGUUAUAUUCAAGUUUGAUUAUUCCAGUUUUUUUAUAAAAAAAAAAUUAUAAC